GUGACGCUCCACGUCUACGAUUUCGUGGCCACGGGCUCGCGGACGAGCGCCGCUCUCUCGUGGUUGCAGCUUGGAUUGCACCACAGCGGCGUGGAGAUCAACGGCUCCGAGUAUAGCUUCAACGACGGCGGCGUCUUCAAGGCGCCGCCCCAGGCCUGCAGCCGCGGCGCCGCGCCGCAGUGCGUCCUCGUCGAGUCGCUGCACCUCGGCGCGCACGUCGGCUCGGUCAACGACUUCAACGGCGUGCUCAACGACCUGCGGCGCGCCUUCCCGCCGGGGUCCUACGCGCUCACGUCCCGGAACUGCAACCACUUCAGCGACGCCUUCGUCCGCGCGCUCGGCCUCGGCGGCAUCCCCGCGCGCGUGAACCGCGCGGCGUCCUACGGC